AGCUGAAGAAAAAGAGGUGUACUACGAGCGGGAGAGAGAAUUGAUACGGCAAAUGCGAGAGGAUGCUGCGAACAUGCCAUGUCGUAUCAAUCCGGAGACUGAGAAGGCGUUGAUUAUAGGGGAGUCUGGUUUCCUUACAGCGCAGGAAGAGGAACUUAUGGUGGAAACCAUAAGAGGAAGGCAUACUGCAUAUGCCUUCAAUGAUGAUGAGAGAGGACGCCUGGACGUGGAUAAAAUUCCCAUGAUUAGGAUACACACUGUGCCGCAUGAGCCGUGGAAUUUGCGGGGCGCAUGCUAUCCUAAUCCUGCUGACGAAGGGAAGGUAGUUGACUACCUAGAUGGGAAGAUCCGCACACACGUGGCAGACUACUCAGGCGGACCAUAUGCAUCCCCAUGGUUUUGUUUUAUCAAAUCAAAUGAGACGUUGAGGUGGGUACAGGAUUUACAGCGCCUGAAUGCUGUGACUGUUAGAGAUGCAGGUGGCCUCCCUAAUGCAGAUGCGCUUUCAGAGGCAUGCGCUGGGAGGGCUAUAAUAUCUCUGAUAGACUUGUAUUCUGGUUAUGACCAGUUUUCUGUCUACCCAUCUGACAGACCGAUGGCGGUGAUGCAUACCCCACGAGGGCUGAUCCACAUGAAUGUCGCACCGCAGGGGUGGACAAAUGCGGUUGCUAUGGUCCAGAGGCAUAUGGUGAGAGCGAUGCAGCCAGUAAGCCCUCACAUCACGCAACCCUAUAUCGAUGAUUUGGCGGUGAAAGGGUCGAAGGUAAAGGAUGAGCAGGAGGUAAUGCCGGGAAUCAGGCGGUUUGUUUGGGGUCAUGUGCAGGACUUGUGUCAAGUCCUGGACUUGCUACAAGAGCAUAACCUCACUGCAAGUGGGUCGAAAUCCAAGCACUGUAUGCGAGGAGCGACUAUCUUAGGAUUUGUGUGCGACGAGAAGGGUCGUCGGCCAGAUACUAAGAAGACCAAUAAGAUUCUCGAAUGGCCAACCCUAUUCGAGACGAUUACCGAGAUUCCAGGGAACAAAAAUAGGGCGAAUGGGUUGAGUCGAGUCGACUGGGGCAAGAACAGUGAAGGAGUGAUCAAGGAUACUCCCCCAGUCGACGGGUUUUUGGAGAAUGAGGAGGAUGUGAGACUUCACAUCAACUCUUGGUCUUUGGCGGUAGGUAACUACAUUACUCCUGGACGGCCGGUGUGGCUGACACCUCCAGGGUAUGCAUGCUUGCCAAACUUAGUCCUUAAACCCUAUGUGGAGGAGGACUCAUGGGGGAUGCCGGAUGUGCAGUGGAUGAUGCAUCUGGCCUUGGCAGACAAACACCAGUUGGGUGAGGACCUGAUCACGAUGGAGGAUGGAGCCCGACAGGUGGAGGAUCAUGAAAGGCAUGCAACGUUCCCUAUUGAGAGCUUCCUGAAGACAUGGAGGCAGCAGGACCUCGAGUCAGAGUUGACGUUCGAGGAACUGCUCGAUUUAAGGGCGCGUCAGAUUGGAGCCAUAGAGGAUAGGAUUGAAGGAGCGGCGAGUAAGGUGGCAUAUAACCGGGCACAGGAUAAGUUCAGGUGGGACAAGAUGGUAAGACUGAGGAAGGAGCCACUCAAGGUGGGAGACACGGUGCUGUUAUCUCAGGAGGGUGAGAGGAGAAGGGAGCUGCCAACUGAGAGGAGUCAGAGGAGGAGAGAGUCAGAGGUGCCUGAGGCUCCUCCUCAGUCUAUUCAGAGGCCAGAGGAUCAGUCUACGGCAGAAGUAAGACAGGAGGCACCCCAUGAGCUGACAGAACAUAGGAUGAAUGAGGACCAGGCUGAGAGAGAAAAGGAGUUGGACAGACAAGAAAGGGCCGCCAGAGAACGGGAGAUCAGAGCAGAAGUCAGGAGGAAGAACCUAGAGGAACUCUACAGGAGAGUGGAGCAAGGACAGCGGCCAGUGGACUUUAAGGACAAAAAGGGAAAGAGUGUAAGCAGCCAGCAGGAAGAAGACCCUUUUCUACUCUCUGAAGCGUGGGAAAACUUUGAUAGGUUGAUGAGAGCUGCGAGAGGACCAGAGGGACCUCAGCAAGAGAUGGGGGUGAAGUUGGUCUUCGCAGACUUGCUCACGUUGAAGGAAGUAAUGAAGGAAGGAUUUGCAGCCGCACGAGCAUCAGAUCAGAAGACUGGAGAGAGGUUGACCAAGGUGGCUCAGAAGGCCUAUGGUCAGAGGAUGGAAUGGGAGCAGGAGACUAGGGAUCUGAAAGAGAACCAGGAGAGACAGGAUCGCGAGUUUGACGCAAUGAAGGUGGAGCUGGAAAAGGCUUGGGAUGGCAAUGAGGCAAUCAGGCAUGUGAACCAGACCCUCGACAAGGUCAACGAGGCUCUGAGGGCCUACCUGCAGGCUCAACAGGCUUCCUUCUAGGCAAAGGAGGUAAAGUGGGAAUAGAGAAUUAAGGAGCUGGAAGCGAAGCUCGAGCAGAGGGCUCCCACAGCUUUGGUGGAUUGGACUGAGGUCCAAGGAUUUGAAAUGAAGAAGCCA